AUGUCUUCUCAAUCCAACGCUGGUUCCUCCGGUGCUCCUGGCUCUGGCUCGACUCUCUCCCGUGGAAUCAACCGCCAAGGUAAUCGCUGGCGCUCGCUUGAUCGGGUCCCAACGCCCCGAACCGGAACCCGUACCAUUACUCCAACCAGGAUGGCUCCUACUACUACAACAACCCGAAUGGCUCCACCUAUCAUAACAAUGGAAAAGGCUCCGCCACCUACACGCCACCCCCUGGCAAGUAAUCGUGGCGUCUGGUGA